ACAACCUUAUUAUGUUACGUAUGUAACAUGCCCUUGAAAGACAUCCUUUUUUCAUGUUAUUUUGGUCGUGAAUGGUAUCCACUCCCAAAUAUCAAAUCCCAGCCAUGGCGUAGUGUCCUUCGGCCAGGAAUUCCUCCACAGUGUGCUGCACUCAACCCAGGUGAGGUAAAUAGGUACUGGCACCAAGUAGUUCCUCAAAAAGCUGUGUACACCUGAAUCAGUAGCCUACACAUGGCUUAGCCGAGUAGUAAUAGCAGGGCCCGCUGGGAGAACAGUUUUCAGAACUGAAGUGGCUACCCUGGGUAAAUAUACUGUCAUUAUUAUUGUUAUAUAGUGUCCCGGGAAGGUUGAUACAGGACGCGUGAAAAAAUGUUGAAAUACGAGGCGUCUGGUCACCGUCUCGACCACUUUAGGUUUCUCUCCUACAAUGGGAAAGGAUAUAUUUUGCUUGUUGAAUCCUGUGGUUAAUUUUUUAUAGUAUGUUUCUUGGGUUGGAAGUCAUAUAUGUGAUUAAAAAGGGAUAUUUGAAAAGUUAAUAAAAUUUGAAUUGGAUUACAAUGCAGUCUUGUAUAAGCUUUUCAUUGAGGAUGGAGGGGAUGCAUUUUCAAAAAGUUGGUUCUCAUUGACAAAAAUAUGUAUGACUGAUCUUAGAGUUUGAAUGCCUGCCUGGAUAAAGAAAAGAAAAUGUCAAGGGGGGUAUUCCCUUAGUUAUAGCCCUGCAAUUGCUACAAAAUCACGAAGGAUUCACUCCAAAAUAACAUAUUUCUACAAAAAUGUGUUGUCAGUUGUUUGUAAUCACAAGAAGAGGUAGAUGAAAUAACAUUGUUGAGUCAAAUUAGAAUCUAAAAGUUUAAUAAGGGGGAUACAUGCAGAAUGUCUCCUCUGAUGCUGCAAUUUUGCCUUUAUGUGUACAUACUCUUGCAAAUGCAAUUCUGACCUCUGGAGCCAGAUUGCAUCUUCAAAUGUUUUGGAGACACUUAUCAAAUAUCUCCAAAAUCAUUUUUUUUAUUUUGGAGGUAUUUGAUAAGUGCAAAAGGCUUUUAAUAAGGUCAUUUUGGUUAAAGAGUUAUACAAGUUUGGAUAGCCUACAAACUUUUGAUGUUAUUGACUAAACUUGGUAAUUGUAAACAUUAGAAAUUAUUUUAUUAACAAGGAAUCACUGGUCCUGAAUCACUGUUUUUCCAUAACACCACAACUAUUUUUGUUAUUAUCUAUAGGUGAAAAAAGUCCAAAACUACGAGCAUGGAAAAGUAUGCUACAUGUCUCCAAAAAUUGUUGAAAAUGCAUUCCGGCUUCAGAGGUCAGAAUUGCAUUUCUCUCAGCACCUGGCUUCGACCUGUCAUCCCUAGAAGUCAUCAGCAGAUCCAUACAGGAAGGAUGCUCUCUCGAAGCUCACUGCAUUGUAGGUCGUGUUGCUCAGUAACAAAGUUCCAAAGAGGAAGGAUCACCAGAUCUCAAUCUCUCAGAAAAUCGUCCACCCCCUCAUCAUACUCUGCAGCUGCUGAUCCAUCUCUGGCACCAUCAACAGUAACACAGGCGUCAAAGGUCUCCAGACCUGGAAGUCGUCAAAAGCUUGUCAUACUAGGGACUGGAUGGGGUAGCUACAGUGUCUUGAAGAACAUUGACAAGUCACUAUACGAUGUAGUGGUUGUUAGUCCCAGGAACCACUUCCUCUUUACCCCUCUUUUAGCGAGCACAACAGUUGGAACCUUAGAAUUCAGGAGUAUCAUUGAGCCAGUAAGGAACACAGGAUUUCGUCAGAGUGACCAUUUUCAUCUUGCAGAGGCUGUUAAAUUGGAUACAAAGAAGAAGGCAGACUUCAAAGCAAGAUAAUAUGUAAGCAUGCUUUACAAAGCACGAUGCAGAAAUUGAAUAGACCAGGUGACUAGAAUAGCACACCAAUGAACACUCCAUAAAGGUAUUUGUUGCAUUUAUACUUUGAAUGUAUUGUUAUAACAAUGUACUUGGUCAACUGUGAAAGACCAGUCGCUAGUAGCGACGCAUUGGUGUUGUUUUGUGUGGAUCUUAUGAAAAGCACAAGCGAAACAUGGCUAUAUGCAUAAUUCUCCAGAUAAUUUACCUAGGAUAAAUAAGAGCAGACCGUAAUUGGGUUAGGGGUGGCGGUGUUACUUUAUAUAUUUCACAAAAUCUUACAUUCAAGAUUCGUAUAAUGAUAUUAAACUAUCACAUGCAAAGCCUUGGUUGAGAGAUUGAAAAUUCUAGUUCUAAAAAGUCAUAGGAUUAUUUAUCGACCACCUGACUCAAAUUCCGAUUUUUUUUCACGAUGAAAUGAGAUUUUUUUCUUGAAAAAUUUAAUGAAAACAAACAAAUGUUCCUGCUCGGGGAUUUAAUAUUAAUUCCUUGCCCUCAACUGACAAUCGCAUUUCAACAAAUUUCAUGAAAUUGGAAUGUGUAUUCAUUUGGAUUUUUCCCCUUUAUUAACGAACCCACAAGGAUACGCUUAUGGUAAUUUUUGACUGUCGAGGUUUGCCUCUCUUUAGCAUGAUACUCGGGAUGCAUAGGAUGCGAUCAAGCUCAUAAUUGAAAUAUACGAAUUAUAUUAUGACAUGUGUCUUUAUUAUAUUCAUACUGUCAAUUUAACCCCCCCCCCCCUUCCCCCGUUUUUUGUCUCGCCUGCAUAGCAGAGCGAGACUAUAGGCGCCGCUUUUCUGACGGAGGCGCGGCGGUGACGUCAACAUAAAAAUAGUCUUUACCUAAGGUUAAGUUUUUGAAAUGACAUCAUAACUUAGAAAGUAUGAACCUGGUUCAUGAAACUCGCACAUAAGGGUAAUGAGGUAUUACAGAUCAUCAUACCCGAGUUUCAGGUCACGUGACCAAGGUCAUGAAGUAUUACUAAACAUCCUGCCUUGGUUUCAGGUCACAUUACCA